CAUGUCAGAUACUUGACUUAAUCAACACAGGUGGAACACAGUCAAGUUAAUCUGCACAAAUACAGCCUCGCCCCCAUCCAUUUAUCUGUUAACCAGAAUCCCUCCAGGACUCAUCACCAAACUAAAAUAACCUUAAACUAAUAAUACGCUAACAUGGGGGGUGCUUCUCAUUCAGGCUUUACUAAUGCCCUUGUAAGCAUAAAGGCUUGAAGUUUUGAUGUUGUUUACAUUUUUAUCUUAAUUUCCUUAGCAAAUCAUGUCACGGAGAACCACUCCCCUUCAGGAUGCCAUUAAUCACAUCCUUGCAAGAAGAGACAAGAAUUCAAUGUUAGAAAUCAAAUUUAUUAAUUCAGUUAAAGGUCGUGGCAUCUUCACUUUAGCCAAUUUCAAACAAGGAGACUUUGUGGUCGAGUAUAGAGGGGAGCUUAUUGAUGCAACUGAAGCUGAACACAGACGUAACCUGUACCCCAGCGCAUGUUCAGUCUUCAUGUUUGAAUUCAUAUGGAAGCAGAAGACAUUGUGUAUUGAUGGAGCACUUGAAGAUGGGUCAUUUGGGCGACUAGUAAACGAUGAACACAGGACACCAAAUUGCAGAAUGAAGUUGAUUGAAGCAGAAGGGAAGCUGCAUCUCUGCCUUUUUGCACUGAAGGAAAUUGCGGCAGGAAGUGAAAUUACUUAUGACUAUGGUGGGAAAGAAUGGCCCUGGCGGAAAAAGCUAAAGAUCGCAAGCAUCCCUUCUGGUCAACAGUGUGUUGCAGAGCCUAUUGCCCAUGACGUGGAGCACCAUGUGAUCUCUACAGACUCAUUCACAGACAGAGAAUUAAGAGCAGAGUGUCAGUCAUCUAGACCUACAGCAGACAACUCUGAGCAUGAGGUGCAUUCUGUUGGAGGUCAGCGUGGCACUUCUUCUCUGAAAGAGUUAAUUGGUGAAGGUGGUGUCCAGUAUCAGGAGUUGUCACCCCAAGCGUUCUCAGAAGAACUUACCAGUGAGAGCAAAUCGAAAGAGGUGCCACAAUCAUCCAGAGCUGUGCCUAAUGACUCUGCUUGUGAGUGUACAAUUCAUAGGCUGGUAUUUGAAUCGGUGAAACUUGACAAAUGCGGGAUAUGCCAUUCACCUUUGACAGCUAUCAGAUGGCACGGUCUAAGAUGCAAGCAAUGCCGUUGUGUGUGGCAUAAGAUCUGCCUCCAGACAUCUUCAGAAGACUGGGAUAUGUCCGACGGUGAUGUCUCAUCUGAUGAAGAAUACAUCCCAAAUUCUGCAUCAGAUUCAGAAAGCUCAGGAACAGAGUUGUCUAUUGAGUUACCUGGACCAUCAAAAACUCCCAUGCUGCUAAUUGCCACGAUAAGCCAAGUCAUGAACUUGAAAGAUAAUGAACUAGACCAGCUGGCCGAUUUCCUCGGCCAUGACAUUAGGGUCCAUAGAGAAUACUAUCGACUGCCCCAGUCAACAAUUCAGCUGGCUAAGAUCUCCAAGUUGCUCAUGGCCAUGGAGAAGGGAAGUGUGAAGGAUAUUCAAGGAAAAACUCUGGAUGAAAUUGGUGGGACAGGACCACUGCACUGUAUUAAGGAGAAGAUAAACGGGGACAUGGAUUGUGAGAUUUUGGGCCAAAACGUCCUUCCCUCAGUCAGAGCAUUGAAGAUGGGUUCUGGCUGGGUCUUUCAACAAGACAAAGACCUGAAGCACUCAGCCAGGAAAACCAAGGAGUGGCUCCGUAAGAGGCAUUUCAAGGUUCUGGAGUGGCCUCACUAG